AAAUUUUCCUGAGAUCAUCAGACAGCAUUCAUGGAAAAACCCGAAAGAGAAGCAGCCUGUCCUAGACCACCCUCCCACUUUUCUCGCUGUCCGAUGCUCCUCUCCCCUCUCUCUCUCUCUCUCCUCUUCUCAGCUUCGUUUGACUUGACCUUUUGAGCACAACGUCCCUGGAAGUUUCAAACACGCCCCUCCUCCUCCCUCGACGUCAUAACCCCCGAAAGCACGCGUGCCGCGAUCAACAGGGCAUGGCCUUCCCAGUCAACCCAACUGCCUGCGCUCCGGCUGCUCAAGAACCGCGGCUGAUCUUGGCUUCCACGACCGCCGGUCCAUUCUUGAUGCUCUAAUGGUGAACCCCAUUUGGUAAUGAGCCGUGCCUCUCCCGCUUCCUCUUCUUUCCUGUCUUUGUGCUACACGCGAUCCACCCAGAUGCGGAUGAUCAGAUUUGAGCAUUUCUGCGCGGGGAGCUUCCGAUUUAGCAGAAACGGUUGUUGGGUUUUUCUUUUCUCAUUGGGGGAGAGUUGAGAUAAUCGAGUUGCUGAUAGAUUAUGUUUUGCUUGGAGCUGAUGCUCUGUUUUGGUAUCUUAGUGGUUUGAUAGCUGAAGAAAUCAAUUACCCUUUUGUACAAAUAGAGAGGAUCUGUCGAAUGGUCUCGGUACAAUAUAUUUUGAUUCCAUUCUGGUUAUAUAGAAGUAAACAGAGGAACCGAAGACAUUUUGCAGAUAUUAAUUGUUUGUAGACGGCUGUUUAUAGGGUCAAAAACUUGAACUUUUGGAGAAGGGAUAUAGAUUUUCAUAGGUUUCUUAUGAUCUCUUGGUUGAAUUUUGACUGGAAGUCAAGUCCAAAAUGUACCAGAGGACAGUGAUUGUGGAGGAAAAAAAAGACCCUUCAUCUCUAAUUAGGAAUUACCAGCCUAGGGCAUGUCCAUGGAGGCUCCUCCACUAUUUCUUGUUGUUUGUGCUUGUGGGUCUUGGAUUGUUGAUUGUAAGCAUGAAUACGAUACGGUACUUUGGAGUCCAAAAUCAACGUGUACAUAAGAAUAGCCCUUUCCUCUGUCCUGAAGAGCCAUUUAGCAUAGAGAGCAGGUUUAGCACCCCGUCAAGUUUGUUACAUGCCAUGAGCGAUGAGGAGCUCUUUUGGAGGGCAUCUUUUGUUCCUCUGAUGAAGACGAAUCCAUUUAAGAGAGUUCCCAAGAUUGCGUUCAUGUUCUUGGUGAAAGGUCCAUUGCCGUUUGCCCCUCUUUGGGAGAGGUUUUUCAAGGGGCAUGAAGAGCUGUACUCGAUCUACAUCCAUUCUCUACCUUCUUAUGAUGCUGAAUUUCCACCUUCAUCGGUGUUCUAUGAGCGACAAAUCCCAAGCCAGGUGGUGGAGUGGGGGUUGAUGAGCAUGUGUGAUGCAGAAAGGAGACUCUUGGCAAACGCCCUGCUUGAUAUGUCCAACGAAUGGUUCAUCCUCAUCUCUGAAUCGUGCAUCCCAAUCCAGAACCUCACCGCUGUCUAUAGGUACAUAGCACAAUCCAAGUACAGCUUCACCGGAGCUUUCGAUGAAGAUGGCCCCUAUGGGAGAGGACGCUACAACAAGAAGAUGGCACCAGAGAUCAACCUUACCGAGUGGCGUAAAGGUUCUCAGUGGUUUGAAGUGAACCGUCAACUCGCCAUAGACAUAAUAGAAGAUUCGACCUAUUACCCUAUGUUCAAGAAGUUCUGCAGACCUACAUGUUAUGUGGAUGAACACUACUUCCCUACGAUGCUAACCAUCCAAUCUCCGGAUCUCCUGGCAAACAGAAGCCUCACUUGGGUGGACUGGUCAAGAGGCGGUCCCCACCCUGCUACUUUUGGCGAGGCCGAUAUCACAAAGGAAUUUUUCAAGAAAAUCCUGGAAAACUCCUCCUGCAGUUACAACGAUCGACCCUAUUCGCUUUGUUUCCUCUUUGCUAGGAAGUUUGCUCCUAGUGCUUUAGAUUCUCUGUCAGCUUUAGCGUCGGACGUUUUUGGGUAUUGACGAAAGUUUCGGUGAGGACAUUUGCUAAAGUUAUUCUGAAGUUUUGCCUCAAAUUUUUUUGCCUCUGGUAGGACUUAUUAAAAUGUAAUGUCACAGCUCAUUUUUACA